UGCGUUGGUAAAAGAAUGAGUAUGGGAGGGUGGAAGGGAAGGGGAAGGGGUCCUCACUCCCACAAAUGUCUUCGGAGACCCACUCCUUCAUAACCCGACUCUUUCCCAGCCUUGCGCAGAUGGCCAAAGUAUCCAAAUCGGAGUCUGCGUGUGUUCAAACGAGCGUAGAGAGACAGGAUGGGAGAUCUUUAGUGAAUUAACCCAUAAUUAACCUCUCAAUCCGAUUUACAUUAAUAGCUGAAGUUAGAAUACCAAGAAACACACUUGGCUACAUGUGAGUGCGAGCCGGUCUCUAAGCGCGCUCCACGCUCGCGCUGGUGAUGCCAUGCCGCGAAGUCACACCGGCGACGAAAGCGGCGGCACCGGGAUCUGGCUGAAGACCUCCGCUGGGAACCGGACUCAGGAGCACCCGUUAAAAGAUGUGGAAUCUGGACGGAGGACGAUGAACAACGCGGUCCGGGUCGGGGACGGGCUGCUGUCCCCCCCAGCAGCAGGUGCGGCAGCGGCGGCGGCGGAGAGGAACCAGGGCGCCCGGCUCAGUCUGCUGGGGAAGCCGCUGACCUACAGCUCGCAGAGCGGCCGCAGGAACGCGCGGUACCGGCGGCUCCAGAAUUACCUCUACAACGUGCUGGAGCGACCGAGGGAGUGGGCUUUUGUCUACCACGCUUUUGUUUUCAUCCUGGUGUUUGGCUGUCUGGUUCUCUCGGUGUUCUCCACCAUCCCUGCUCACCAGGAAUUCUCCUCGCACUGCCUGCUCAUCCUGGAAUUUGUGAUGAUUGUAGUAUUUGGCCUGGAGUACAUCAUCAGGAUAUGGAGCGCUGGCUGCUGCUGUCGAUACCGAGGCUGGCAGGGCCGCCUCCGCUUUGCCAGGAAACCCUUCUGCGUCAUAGACAUCAUCGUACUUAUCACCUCGGUUGCUGUGGUUUCUGCUGGUAGCCAGGGCAACGUCUUUGCCACCUCUGCUCUGCGUAGCCUUCGCUUUCUUCAGAUCCUGCGCAUGGUGCGCAUGGACCGCAGGGGAGGGACCUGGAAGCUGCUGGGAUCUGUAGUUUAUGCACAUAGCAAGGAGCUGGUGACUGCUUGGUACAUUGGGUUCCUGGUGCUGAUCUUCUCCUCUUUCUUGGUCUAUCUUGUGGAGAAAGAGUUCAACAAGGAGUUUGACACAUACGCUGACGCCCUGUGGUGGGGCACGAUCACCUUAACAACAAUUGGCUAUGGCGACAAGACGCCGCAAACCUGGACCGGGCGGUUACUGUCAGCCGGUUUUGCUCUCCUUGGGAUCUCGUUCUUUGCUCUGCCAGCUGGCAUCCUGGGGUCAGGUUUUGCCCUGAAGGUGCAGGAGCAGCAUCGCCAGAAGCACUUUGAAAAAAGAAGGAAUCCGGCUGCCAGCCUCAUCCAGUGUGUCUGGCGUAGUUAUGCUGCUGAUGAGAACUCGGUUUCUAUUGCUACCUGGACGCCUCAUUUGAAGGCGUUGCAUACCUGCAGCCCCGCCAAGAAAGAGCAGGGCGAGACUGCCUACAGUCAAAAGCUGAGCUUUAAGGAGCGGGUGCGGAUGGCGAGUCCUCGAGGUCAGAGCUUGAAGAGUAGGCAGACAUCCAUCAAUGACCGCCAACGCUGUUCCCCUGGCAACGAGGUGGUGGGCAGCAGUGAGCUAAUGGGCGGGAGCCCCGCCAAAGUGCAGAAAAGCUGGAGCUUCAACGAUCGGACACGCUUUAGACCAUCGCUGAGGCUGAAGAGUCAGACCCGCACCGCUGCUCCAGAUGUGGACCCAGGCAUGACCACAGACGAUUCCUUCGAUGAGAAAGGUUGCCAUUGUGACAUCACUGUGGAAGAUCUUUCAGCUCCGCUAAAAGCGGUCAUCAGAGCUGUCAGGAUCAUGAAAUUUCACGUAGCUAAGAAGAAGUUUAAGGAGACUCUGCGUCCGUAUGAUGUGAAGGACGUGAUCGAGCAGUACUCUGCUGGACACCUGGACAUGCUUUGCCGCAUCAAGAGCCUUCAGACGAGGGUGGAUCAGAUUCUUGGGAAAGGGCAGAUUCCGGUGGAUAAGAAGCCAAGGGACAAACUGCACCACGAUGGAGACUCUCUGGAGGGCAUGAGCAUGUUGGGACGAGUGUGUAAAGUAGAAAGACAGGUGUCCUCUAUUGAAACAAAGUUGGAUUCGUUGCUUGAUGUUUACCGCCAAGUUCUCCAGAAAGGUCCCUCAGGGCUCUCCCUCUCCUCUCUGCCCCUUUUUGAGCUGGAAAAUCACCAGCACCACAAUUUGGACUACCCAUCCUCCCCCCAAAGGGGGGAUGCAGUUAGAGGACGAGGAGACAACGGUGGCGGCGGGAUACACCGUUCUCAUGGUGCCAACCCAAGAGGCCUGCGGCUCAUUCUGGCACCGGCCGACGACGAUUGUCCUCCAGAUUCAGCUCCUCCGUCCUACCCCCCUUCCACUGCCUCGCUCUCCCCUUCACCUCUGCUACCCCCUGACAGCCCUUACCCAACCCUUGCCACCCCUUCCAAAAAAUCCCACUUUCCUGAUCUGCCGCCUCCGCCAUCGUCGACUGGGAGCUUUACUCUCCAGCUUCCUCCCAUGGUUCACCCUUCACACCUCCGAUGCCCCGCUGACCCAGUCUCGGAUGAUGUGACAGAUGAAGUAUUAGCCGAUGACCAGAGUCUGGGCCCUUCUGUCGUUGUAGGAUGCAGUGCUGAUGGUAAUGCUGACGGGGGCGGUGAGGCAGGGUUCGCACCCAGUAGGGUGCAGCUGCGGAAGAAGUCCGGCUUGAAAUCCGGAGGGGUCUGCAGGAGGCAUUUGAGCCUAGAGGUUAACCCAUUGCUGCUGCUCUCAUCUAACCCAGAGAGGAGGCCUACAGACUGGGCGGGCAGUCUAGGGAAAUCCCUCUCUGUGCAUAAUAUCAACCAGCCUUUAACCAAUCGUGCCCCUGGCCUUUCCGCCGCCCUGAACAACAGCAGCAGUAGCAGCAACGACAGCGAGAGCGGCAACGGCCACAAUGACCUCAGCAACUGGGAUGGGACAGACCUCUUCAUUAGUGAGUGCAAGCUGAAGCCGGCAGCUGAUCACUAUGGCUUCCUGUCCCAGGGACCGGACAGCAGCCAGUCGGACAUUUUACAGACCGAGGAGGAGGAUGUUCCUCACUCAAAGGGAAACUCGGAGUUCCUUGGUCAAUCCUCACACUUACAGCUGGUGUAAGCACACUGAGUGAAAAACAAAACACAAACUGCAAACUGUAUGUACACAUACUGUGGCCAGCGCCACUUUUUAAACAUAUUUAUAUAGGGCACCAUGCGCAUCAUGCUCUGAAUUUGACACUUUAUACAUGUACAAACAGUGUUUUCUGUUUUAUGUGACACGAUUAUGCCCAUUUGCAUAUAGAUCACAUAUUAUUACACACUUUUAUGUGGCACCUAAAUGUCUGCAGCCAGUAGGAAGAAAGAACAUACGAGUGUGAACGCAAGUGGCCAUGUUCAUGUUGCACAAAAUAUGAAAACUAUAUAUUCAGUACUUUGCUAAAUUAUUGAUACUUCUUGAACUUUUUCACAGUUUGCUACUUUAAAAUCCCAAUAUUUUAUGUAUUUUCUUGGGUUUUUAUGCAACAUACCAACACAAGGUGUAAAAUACUACAUAGUUAAUGUUUUUUUGGUUCCAAUUUAGUUUUUUGCAGCCUUUAACGUGUGUUCUUCCAGGACUGCCCUGUAUUUCGCUCCGUCCAUCUUCCUCUCUGAGUUGCUAUAAAAUAGUAUCUACCCUCUUGCAGAUUUAUUCUAGUUUUCUAUUUUGUCUUGGUUAGAUGUUGGGUUUAAGGGGAGGGUUUUUGAGCCUUAACAACUUGUUAAACAACUUGUCAUGCCACAACAAUCUAGGAUUGAGUUCAGAAUUUGACCUCAGUUAAGUUAACUUUCUAAUGUCUGGUGCUUUAGAUCACCAACAUCAGGGGGUUUUUGCUUCACAAACUUAGUGCACUGGAGUUUAAGGGCCCAAAUUAAUAGUCGGACAUUUUUGCUAAAAAAUGUCCUAAAAAAUUAGAAUUUUUUUUGACAGUGAUUUUCUUUCUCAAUUGUUCUUGGAUUUCUUUAGAUUAAAGCUUGAUUCGUUACUUUUGACAAUGUUUAACAUAGUUUAUGCUGUCAGACAAGUUAUAUUUAAGUAAUUUCUUAAAAAUUGCUUAAAUUUGGCUAGAGCCAGGGCCAGCUGGCUCUAGCCACAUUAAAGCGAAAAUUGUGGGUGAUUACAGAGGAUUUUUGUUUCAAUAACCAAGGACAGUUUGUUUUUCACGCAGGGCUUAUAUGGUUUCGAUGGCUUUUGUCACUUAAUCAAAUACAACAUCAUUUGAAACCUGCUUUUUGUGCAUAUUCGGAUUAUCCAAUAUUAGAGUUUUUUACUGAUAUGAAGCAUUUUGGUGUGACGAUAAAAAAAGGAAAAUGUAAAACAGAAAUCUGUAAGGGGCAAACACUUUUUCACACCACCUUACUCUGACCAGCCUCUGUGUUCCUGAUGAGAAAAGAAAAUCCCCACAGUGCAAUUCUGCUAACCUCAUGUUCAUAACUCUGUCACAUAAAUAGCUGAAAAAGUACAUUGGCUUUUGUGGUUGUUGCAAGGCAAAAUGUGAAAGAGUUCAAGGGAUAUGAAUACUUAUGCUAAGCACUGUAAACAAUCGUUCAGGAGAAAAUGCAGCUUUCCUGACUCUUACACUCAGCAUCAUGACUCAAAGCACGAUGUUAAUUUUGACAAAAGAUGCUUCUGUUGGAGUUGACGGAAAACCCCUCCAUAAAUGUUCAUUUUCUUCUAUUUGAAUAGAAUAAGAAUGUAGAUGAUGUAAGUCAACCUGUUUGGCUCUUCACGUGAACAAUGGAGAGUUUUCUUUUGUUUCAAAGUGAAUCUUUACAUUUCUUCUUUCUAUUAAUCAAUCUGGACCUCAGCUUAAACCAAAGAACUUAAUAUAGAUUCAUCAGCACAAAUGCCACAUGCAUCCAUUUUUGUUAAAAAAGGAGAAAGAAAACAUGAUUUAAAAAAUACUUUUAAAGAUCAUUUGACAAGCUGAAGAUGUAAAGAGUCUAAAAUGAAUUUAACUGGCAGUCUGUGGAAAUCACAUGCCUGCCUAAAUAGAUGUACGGUGUGAAUUUAUAGGGACUGGGGCAAGAAUAACAUUUGAUUGCUAAUGCCAAAUAUUGUAAGAGAAGAGGAGCCAACUAGGACAAAAGCUGAGAUACACACUUAUUCUUUGUUCUGUAUACAUGAGUGUAUUUGAUCUUUCUUGCAAGAUAAGAAAAAUACAUUUUUGUCUAGUUUGUCUUUAAUGAUAAAGCUCUUAAGCUUUCCAUAUUCAUAUCACUUCCUGAGCGGUUCUCACAAACCAAUUACUAGAGGCUUAAAUCUGUGGGAUUUAUACAAAUAAUCAAUGAAAAAAUAAAAAGCAACAAACCGACAGCAUGUGUUGAGACCACAGAGGAGUUAAUCACAUGAUGAUCUAAAGCAUUUUUUGAAGUCUGCAAUUGGGUAAUGGUUUGACCUUUCCCUCAGAUUUUGCACAAUAGUUUGGUAAAUUAAAUGCAAAUGAUUUGAAUGCGGAUUUAGCAAAGAUUACUAUAGUGGACCUUCUCAAUCAUGCAUGAGAUGCCGCAUGUGUGAAACUGCUGGUGUCAAUGCCAAACAUGCAAACACAUUCUGCCUUCUUGAACCUUGUUUUACUUUUUAUUUGUAAUAAUUUGGGCGUGUAUAUUUGUUUUAUGAGUUAAUAAAGUAGCCACCUACUAUGUCAACACAACGCAUACAACACUUUACUGGAAUCUGAUGUUUGCCUUUCCUGUAGAAGUCCAAAUUAAAAGCUCCGGCACUGAUUAAAUACCCUGUUUGAACAAUUCGAAGUGUAAGGGGGGUGUUAUUGAGCAGGCCGUGCAGUUUUUGAUUUAGCAUGCACAUUUUUUGCUUUAUUCAGAUAUCCUGAUUAUUUUUAAAAAAAAUCCACGUUAUUGUGGAUGAGAGCCACCUAACCACAAAAUUGUCAGGUUGUUUCAACAACCAUCUGGUGUCCUUUUAGGAUUACCUUUACAAACAAUAUGUAAACAUUAGAUCGUAAAGUUGCACAAGUGAAUCAAGGUUCACUGGCAGACUUUGGAAAAUGUUUGACAUAACUGAUGCUUUUUUGUCUCAAUUUUUCAUCUGCAAAUAUUAUUUUUUACUCAUCCACCAACUAUUUCCAUCAUUUUAAUAUCUUCUGUGUUUGAUUUGGAUAUUGGUUCUUUUCUGGCACAGUCACUCUUGUCUUAAAAUAUGUUUUACUGUCAGUCACUUCCUUUAUUGACGUUGUGAUUUCAUCUGCGUUUGCCCGUGUUUUGGAAGCGGAUUGCUAAUUCAUUUAACACUGAAAGUUAGAGCAAGUAUUAUUUUCAGAAAAAUGCUAACAAUUAGCAUUUGUGUGGUUUUUGUAAUAUUCUUUAAUCCACAUACAGUAAAAUCUCAUUCUGGUGUAAAGAAAACAUUCUCAUCACAAACAUGUACGGCUUCUGGUGAAUGCUGGGGUCUGGCUAUGUGACAUGGUAUGUUCACGCCUGCAUGAUAUUGGAACAGAUGUAAUGUGUUUACUGGUUGACUGGAAAACUUUAUCAGCCAAUCGACUCAAAUAGCUGGAAUGCUGAGGAACUAAAGAGGCUAAACUUCCCAUGUGACAUGCUAAUGUUUGCAACCUGUAAAUUGCUUAAGGGUGCCUUUUUGCCCAAAGACCUGCUUUUAUUUCCAUUCAUCGCCUACAACCUAUUAUAUCAGAUUGUACUUAAGUCCAACUGCUCAUCCUGAACUGGGCAUCCAGUCAUGUGGCUUUAAGCCGGAGUCUUUGACUUCAUUGGCCGAAAAUACUUAAUAAUUUCUCUACUGCUUGAACAGUAAUUUAUGACACAGCUGGCCUUAAAGCUUGAUAAUGUUAACAUUGUUAUUUCUUUGAAAUUAAUUUAUUAAAGUGCACAUUAUAUUCUCUGGAUGAGAAAUGCAAAAAUGAUUUUAUUAUUCAUUAAUAAAGUAUGA